CAGGGUGGCACACAGUGUAGCACCACGGGGAGCAUGCAGUGCAGUGCCGCAGCAGUGCAGGGCUAUGUACUGCUAUGGGAAACAUGUAGUGUGGUACCACGGGGGAUGCAGUGUAGUGGCGUGAGGGAGAGCAUGACUGUUGCGGAGACCCACACCAAAAUGGCCACCGUUCCCCUUGGUUUCAACAUCGACGCCCCACGCUGGGACCAGAGCACUUUUGUGGGGCGCCUGAAGCAUUUCCUCAACAUCACUGACCCGCGGACGGUGCUGGUGCCAGAGGAAGAGCUGGACCGGGCCAAGGCACUGGUGGAAGGCUGCAGGGCUGGGCUGGUGCCUCCAGGAAGCAGCCAGGAGCAGCUGCUCUAUGCCAAGAAGCUGUACGACUCAGCCUUCCACCCUGACAGCGGCGAGAAGAUGAACCUCAUUGGGAGGAUGUCCUUCCAGGUGCCAGGGGGCAUGGCCAUCACCGGCUGCAUGCUCCAGUUCUACCGGACGGUGCCUGCAGUGGUUUUCUGGCAGUGGGUGAAUCAGUCCUUCAAUGCCCUCGUCAACUACACCAACCGCAACGCUGCCUCCCCCAUCACACUGAGGCAAAUCGGGGUGGCUUACUUCACAGCCACUGGUACAGCACUGGCCACCGCGGUAGGGCUCAACCUCUACACCAAGCGAGCCCCCCCCUUGCUGGCCCGCUGGGUCCCCUUUGCGGCCGUGGCUGCUGCCAACUGUGUCAAUAUCCCCAUGAUGCGGCAACAGGAGAUCAUCAAUGGAGUCACAGUGACAGAUGGGGACAACAAUGAGCUCGGCCACUCCAGGAGGGCGGCAGUAAAGGGCAUCGCACAGGUUGUGGUCUCUAGGAUCACCAUGGCAGCACCAGGCAUGAUUAUUUUGCCCAUCAUCAUGGAGCGACUGGAGAAAUUCCCAUUCAUGCAGCGGAUCCGGGUUCUCCAUGGGCCUCUGCAGGUGCUGCUCUGUGGGGGCUUCCUCCUGUUCAUGGUACCAGCAGCCUGCGCCCUGUUCCCACAGAGAUGCUCCCUUGCAUUGACUGACCUUGAGCUGGAACUGCGUGACAGUAUCGUGGCCAAGUAUGGGGACAAAGUGCCAUACGUCUACUUUAACAAGGGACUGUGAAUGGAAACUACCUCAGAAGCCGUUGCACCCCUCCAGCCUUCUGUCACCAGCAGCUCUACAUUCCCUGAGCAGGGCUCAGAAGCAUGGUCCAGCCAGAUCUGCCCCCCAGCUCAGCUGCCUCCUUCCUCUGGAGAGGCAGGAUCUGGCUCUCUGCCCAGCUUGCAGCACUUUGCCUUGUCCUGAGCCUCCUGCCACGUGCUGCUGGCUGUGUCCCUGCCUCCCCAUGUCCCUCUUGCUCUGGGCAGUGGCUGCACUUCCCGUGCCUUUUGCCCAGCGCAGGAGGAUCUGCCCAGCCUGUCUGAACUUCACAUGGUCACUGGGCUUGAGCCCGCAAGGCGCCAGGCUCUCUCCCUCAUGGCUCAGAUCACAGUCCUACCUCCGAAAGCAGGUGCUCUGCCAUUGAACCAGGAACCAAACCAUACUGCUGCCUUAAACCACCACAGUGGCCUCUUACCAUGAUCUGGAUCAUGCCUUGGCAGGCAGGAAGGGACCUGUCCCCUCUGCGCAGGGAUCACUCCAAAGUCCAGGGACCAAUGUUUGGACCAUGCCUUCCUUGCUUUCAGGUUCAGAUUUUAUCCACUUUGUAAUUGCCACAAUCUAGGAGAGAAAUAAGUAAUUGUUUUUAAGCUUUAAUUUUUUCAAUCUAGCCAUUCCUGAGCAAGAGAGUCAGCCGUCACCCUUGUCCCACAUCUCACCAUCCCCAUGGUAGCAUCAAGGACCUGCAGCUUUGGUGGACAGUUGAUUCUGGCCCCCCUUGGACAGGGAGGAGGAGACACAGGACUCACAAAGCUGUUGAGGCAUUAAUUCAGGCUCUGAAUAGCAGCAAUAUAAACAACAGAGAUGAGGGUUGAAAAAUAAAAUGUGAUUUUUAAAAAACA